AUGAACAGCGCCAAUGGGUGCCGCCUGUGCCAAACAGGUGGGGUGCAGGGUGACCCGUUCCUGCCCGCGGUCCCUCUCCCUCCCUCACUGCCACACCGGACCCGCCGAGUCCUCCCCGGUCUCCCGGGCGAGGGCAGGCUACUGCGGGAGACGCGCGUUGGCGGAGAGACUCCGGGUCCACAGCCCUUCUCCGCCCGGGGCCUGGCGAGACUCGCGUGGGGAUUAAGAGGCGAGGAGAGGGUGUCAGCGAUCGGGCGCCAGCAAGAUGGGGGAGGGGUUAUAAGCGGACGCAUCGAGUACCUGGUGAAAUGGAAGGGGUGGGCGAUCAAGUACAGCACUUGGGAGCCCGAGGAGAACAUCCUGGACUCGCGGCUCAUUGCAGCCUUCGAGCAAAAGGAGAGGGAGCGUGAGCUGUAUGGGCCCAAGAAGAGAGGACCCAAACCCAAAACUUUCCUUCUGAAGCAGGAGCUUCCAGCCCGUGUGAACCUCUCAGCUGCCCCAGCCCCAGUCUCUGCUGUGCCCACCGGCCUGCACUCCAAGAUGGACCAGCUGGAGGGGCAGCUGCUGGCCCAGGUGCUGGCCCUGGAGAAGGAGCGUGCGGCCCUCAGCCACAGCAGCCGCCGGCAGAGGCAGGAAGUGGAAAAGGAGUUGGACGUCCUGCAGGGUCGUGUGGCUGAGCUGGAGCAUGGGUCCUCAGCCUACAGUCCCCCAGACGCCUUCAAGAUCAGCAUCCCCAUCCGUAACAACUACAUGUACGCCCGCGUGCGGAAGGCGCUGCCCGAGCUCUACGCAUUCACCGCCUGCAUGUGGCUGCGGUCCAGGUCCAGCGGCACCGGCCAGGGCACCCCCUUCUCCUACUCGGUGCCUGGGCAGGCCAACGAGAUUGUACUGCUAGAGACGGGCCAUGAGCCCAUGGAGCUGCUGAUCAACGACAAGGUGGCCCAGCUGCCCCUGAGCCUGAAAGACAAUGACUGGCACCACAUCUGCGUCGCCUGGACCACAAGGGAUGGCCUAUGGUCUGCCUACCAGGACGGGGAGCUGCAGGGCUCCGGUGAGAACCUGGCUGCCUGGCACCCCAUCAAGCCUCAUGGGAUCCUUAUCUUGGGCCAGGAGCAGGAUACCCUGGGUGGCCGGUUUGAUGCCACCCAGGCCUUUGUUGGUGACAUUGCCCAGUUUAAUCUGUGGGACCACGCCCUGACACCAGCCCAGGUCCUGGGCAUUGCCAACUGCACUGCGCCACUGCUGGGCAACAUCCUUCCCUGGGAAGACAAGCUGGUGGAGGCCUUCGGGGGCGCAACAAAGGCUGCCUUCGAUGUCUGCAAGGGGAGAGCCAAGGCAUGAGGGGCCACCUCAUCCAGGACCCCUCCUUUGCCUGCCACUUUGGGGACUUGAGGGGGGUCAUAUUCCCUCCUCAGCCUGCCCACGCACUGGCCUUCCCUCCUGCCCCACUCCUGGCUGUGCCUCCCGUUUCCCCUUACCUGUACCCACACCUCCAGAACACCCGCCCUGAGAGUGUGUCCCCUGUCCCCACCCGGGUGGAGAGGAGCAUCUCAAGUGAACAGUGGGAGCCUGCCCGUCUGGCAUUGCACUGGAGUUGUUUCUUACCCCACCCCUCCCUGCCCAUCGAUUGCAUCUGAUUUCACUAAUUUUCACAGCACCCCCAGUAGGGUAGGGUUGCCUAUGAGAGGGACCCCACUAUCUCAGUGGUGGGGGUGGCCACCCACUCCCUUGUCCCCCAUGCAACAGGCCCAGUGGCUUCCCCUUCAGGGCCACAACAGGCUGUAGAAGGGGAUGAUGAGGACAUCGGAGGUUAGACUUAUCCUCCUCCCACUUUCCACCAGCUGCCAGUCAAGGGCAGUGGGAUCUCAGUGGAGCCUCCCUCACCCUACCCAUGCCUCCCUCUUCCUCCUCUUUCCUCCUCUCUUUGUGUGUAGUGGUUUGAAUGUUGGUUCCAUGCCUGGCCCAGCCCCACCUCAGUCUCCAGGACAUUCCUUUCCCCGCUCCAGCCUGGAGGGAAGGGAACAAAGACCCUGGGAGGCCAAAGGGCUGCAGUCACCCCUUGUGCUCACCCAUAGCAAUGGCCACUGGGAUAGUCAUCCCUCUCCCUCCAUGCCAAGGACAGGACUUGGGCCACUUCAGCCUGGGCUGGCAGCAGCCCUAAGGCAGAGGCCUCAUGGCUCAGAAGACCCUGCCUUUGGCAGAGCCACAUUACCUACCCUGUGCAUGGUCCUGGGGCAGGAAGGAAGAAGCUGAGAAGGAGGGGAGAAGCAUGAAGCAGUGGGCAGAGCACUGGGUGAGAGGGAGGAGCCCUUGGUUCCUAGCCAGCCCUGCUAAUGUCCUGUGUGGCCUCCGGCAAGUCCCUGCCCUCUCUGGGCUUGGUGUUCCUCAUUCGUGAGCUGAGGCCCUCAGUUUGGUCAUUUGCUCUCCAGAUUGGGUGUGAGCUUCUCUGUGAUUCCAGGUGG